AAUUAGGCUUUUAUCAGAGGAAUUUGCUAGAAACAUUUUUCCUAGUCAACUAUUUCCCAACUACUUUGGUUUUUACUUUUCAGUUUUAUAUAUGUGUCAUACAUAUUAUCUUUUUAUAUUUUAUAUCCCUUGUAUUAUAAUAUGUUCUUCUUCCAUCCAUAGUUGCAUAUUUCCUUCACUGAUCUUCUGAUUUUCAUAUUAUGUGACACAUAUGGCUAAGUCAUAAAUCUAUUUGGGACUUGGAAUGUUAUGUCAUGUUUGAACUAAAGCUGAUGACUGUCAGACGUCUUUCUUGUUUUCUCCUAAGUUUUUGUCAAAUAGUGAACCUUUCCUCCAGUAGUUGGGGUCUUUGGAAAUAAAGUAUGAUUUGAAUAGAAAUUGAGUUUUCAGGAAUGAAAGUAUGUCAUAAUAAGAUCAUUGAAGGUAUAUCUUAUAAUAAAUGCACAAAAUUAUGCACAAUAUAAACACUCCUCAUUUACUUGAUCUUCGCAAUCUUUUUAUAUUACAGAAGCAUGACAAUCAAUCAGACGCUGAUCAGAGAAUUCAUUUUGAUGGGAUUUUCUGUAGGACCUGACAUGCGAAUGUUCCUGUUUGGACUCUUCUCUCUGAUGUAUGUCUUCACCCUGUUAGGGAAUGGAGUGAUCUUAGUACUCAUCUGUCUGGAUUCCAAACUCCACACCCCCAUGUAUUUCUUCCUCUCACAUUUGGCUAUUGUUGACAUUUCCUAUGCCUGCAAUACUGUGCCCCAGAUGCUAGCAAACCUACUGGAUCCACUCAAGCCCGUCUCAUAUGCUGGGUGCCUAACUCAGACCUUUCUCUUUUUGACUUUUGCCCACACAGAAUGUCUCCUCCUAGUAGUAAUGUCUUAUGAUCGCUAUGUAGCAAUCUGUCACCCCCUCAGAUACUCUGUAAUCAUGAGUUGGAGGGUAUGUAUCACUCUAGCACUGACCUCUUGGGCCCUUGGGUACCUUUUGGCCCUGGUCCAUCUAAUUUUAUUAUUGCCAUUGCCUUUCUGUGGUCCCCAGAAAAUCAAUCACUUUUUCUGUGAAAUCUUAGCUGUUCUUAAACUUGCCUGUGCUGACACUCAUAUCAAUGAGAUCUUGGUCUUGGCUGGGGCUGCUUCUGUGUUAAUUGGACCCUUUUUUUCAAUUGUGAUCUCUUACAUGAGAAUAAUCUGUGCAAUCCUGCAAAUCCAAUCAGGAGAAGGGAGACAGAAAGCUUUCUCUACCUGCUCCUCCCAUCUCUGUGUAGUAGGACUUUUCUAUGGCACUGCCAUCAUCAUGUACAUUGGACCCAAGCAUGGGAAUAAUAAAGGGCAGCAGAAAUAUCUCCUCCUAUUCCACAGUCUAUUUAACCCCAUGCUGAACCCCCUUAUUUAUAGUCUAAGGAAUAAUGAAGUAAAAGGUGCUCUGAAGAGAGUUUUGGGGAAGGAGACAUUGUCAUAAAAGAUGACUACUUAUAUGAACUACUUAUAUAUUUGUCAAAAAUUGUAACUAUUUUCAUUUUACUAGCCAGUUAAAAAUCAGAUCUCUACUACUAAAUUGUUUGAUAGAGUUUGUGUAUAUACAUAUGUGUUGCUCCUCUUUGUUGGAGUGUGUAAAUAUUUUAUACAAGGUAUGAAGUUUCCAAACAAAAAAUAAAAAUGACCUAUCAAAAUGACUGAAAUUGGCCAAAGAAGAGGAUUUCACCAAGGAAAGUAGCAUUUUAUCUGUCAGGUUAAUAAGAAAGGAAGUCAUCUGGAACUAUGUAUCGAAUAGAUGAACCAAGGCAAAAAAAAGGACCAAAAUGAUAAGAAAAUGCCAAGACAAUGAAGAAUAAUUUUCCAAUUCAGAUUAAACACAAAUCCCUUUGACUCUGCCCAAGAAGUAAAGGACCUGGAAAUAUUUCAACAAAGCUAGAAUAUUUCUGCAAUUGUCAAAAAUUAAUGAUAAAUAUAAAUUGCCAGAAUAUUAAAAAUUAUAAAAUGAUUGUGUGAAUUUGUUUUAUCUAUAGUAUAUGAAACUUUGUGAUUAAUGUUUUUGACAAAAGGAAUAUGAUAUUAUGAUUAUCCUAAUUCCUGCUUCAUUCAAUCACAGAUUAUAUGUAUAAUUGUUUCUUUAAUAGCAUUGCUUAUAUUCAUCUUCACUGUUGCAAUAUUCAAUGUCAGGUCAAUUGCUAAGUAUAGUCUUUAUGGGUCAAGAAAGUUAGUGAUUUCUGUUCCUGAUAGUCUUCACGGUUUUAGGAACCAAGGAAGGGGAAUUAGCUCUGUCUUUCUAAGCAUCAUCUCAUAUAUAAGAUUCAGAAAAUAAUUAAUUGGCUCUACUUAUUUCUGGAUUUCAGAACUAGAAAUGCAGUUUCUGACAUCUUCCUCUUCUUGUCAUUAAGGGUUUAUACUAUUAUGAUUUUGUCUUUCCAAUUUUAUGGGGGGACAAAAGAAAAGAAAAUGGAUAUUUUA